CUUCUUCCCGCUUUCCUCAUUCCCUCCCAUCUUCUUCCCUUCUCUCUAUCUCUCUCUCUCUCUCUCUCUCUCUCUCUCUCUCAAAUGGCUCAUCUCCUCUGCAUUUUUUCUCUGCUGUCCUUUUUCUCGCUGGCUAAUGCAAGAAUCCCCGGGGUUUACACCGGCGGCGCUUGGGAAAGUGCCCAUGCUACUUUCUAUGGCGGCAGCGACGCCUCUGGAACUAUGGGUGGUGCUUGUGGGUAUGGGAAUCUUUACAGCCAAGGGUAUGGAGUCAACACAGCAGCGUUGAGCACAGCACUCUUCAACAAUGGCCUCAGUUGCGGUGCUUGCUUUGAGAUCAAAUGCGCAAACGAUCCCAGAUGGUGCAAUCCUGGUAGCCCAUCCAUCUUUGUGACUGCGACCAACUUCUGUCCUCCAAACUACGCUCUGCCUAGCGACAAUGGUGGGUGGUGCAACCCACCCCGCUCCCAUUUCGAUCUGGCCAUGCCCAUGUUUCUCAAGAUUGCUGAGUACCGUGCUGGAAUUGUCCCGGUAACAUAUCGCCGGGUACCAUGUAGGAAGCAAGGAGGAAUCAGAUUCACAAUCAACGGUUUCCGUUACUUCAAUCUGGUACUGAUCACGAACGUCGCAGGUGCAGGGGACAUAGUGAAGGUGAGCAUCAAGGGAUCAAAGACAGAGUGGCAAAGCAUGAGCAGAAACUGGGGGCAAAAUUGGCAAUCAAACGCAGUUCUAGUGGGACAGGCUCUUUCGUUUAGGGUGACUGGCAGCGAUAGGCGCACGUCUACUUCAUGGAACAUAGCACCAUCCAAUUGGCAGUUCGGUCAGACCUUCACGGGAAAGAAUUUCCGCGUCUGAUUUUUUCUCAUCAUACCCAUAAUUUAUUAUCAUUAUUUUAAAAAAAAAUUAAUUUUGUUUUAAUAUAUUACUAUUUGCAGUGUUUCCCGCCUUCUGUUUUCCUAUAUUUUCUCGGGAAAAUCUGAAGUUGAGAUGGGGGAAACUGGAAAGUGGUGUCUGUGGUAAUGUUUUUAGUUUUUUUUUUUUUUUUUUAACUGCUGUAGAAGCUGAAGCGGCUGCAAUAAAGAAAAACAUGUAGCCCGCAGCCUUAGAGUGUUGAGUGAUGCAAGUCUCUCGUGUUUCCUUUAAUUUUAAUAUAAGAUGUCUCUUCAUAUC